GUGUACACUUCAGGUAAAGGCAGCAGCGCCGCCGGUCUCACCGCCUCAGUUCUGAGAGACCCCAACACCCGGGGUUUCAUCAUGGAGGGGGGGGCCAUGGUGCUGGCCGACGGAGGAGUGGUGUGCAUCGACGAGUUCGACAAGAUGAGAGAGGACGACAGAGUGGCCAUUCAUGAAGCCAUGGAGCAGCAGACCAUCUCCAUCGCCAAGGCCGGUAUCACCACCACUCUGAACUCCCGCUGCUCCGUCCUCGCUGCCGCUAACUCUGUGUUCGGACGCUGGGACGACACGAAGGGCGAAGACAACAUCGACUUCAUGCCCACCAUCUUGUCCCGAUUCGACAUGAUCUUCAUCAUCAAAGACAUCCACGACCACGAGAGGGACAUGGUGAGGGUUCACUCACCGUUACUCACAGGAAGCGGGAACAAUUAA